AUGGAUUUACUUCGAGAUACAGCGUUUGGGCACGUCGUCCGGUUCGUGACGAGGGGGAAACUCAAGCAGUUCCAAUAUUACGAAGAACGACACCCUGAAGUGUGGCGCGAGUAUGUUGACGCGGAUAAGACUGCCAACGUCGCACGCUUCGGCCAAGUAGAGCCCCCCGAGAAGGAGAUUGAUGAGAACAAGAACGGAGACGACGAUAUUUGGAGAAGAGGGGCCAGCAUUGACUCUGCGCGAACAAGAGUGCCAUGCGAUGAGGAGUACAAUGAAUUGAGUGGCACGAGGAUCGAUCCUGAGAAAGGCAAGAAUAUCCAUCUUGUUGCUUUUCUACCCAACGACCCUGAGAACCCUCAGAAUUGGUCUUUGAAGAAGAAGGUCUUUGUGACUUUCCAGAUAUGUCUGCUUACCGUUGGCGUCUAUGUCGGCUCGGCCAUCUACAGCGCCGGUGUGCUGGACGUAAUGCAAGUAUUCGGCGUCAGCCAAGUCGCUGCUCUACUCGGCUUGACGCUUUUUGUGGCUGGCUAUGGCUUGGGUCCGAUGAUCUGGAGCCCCUUAUCCGAAAUUCCUCAGAUCGGCCGCAACCCGAUAUACAUCAGCACUCUCCUCCUUUUUGUCCUCCUACAGAUACCCACCGCACUAGCAGUAAACUUUGGCAUGCUGCUGGCUUUCCGAUUUAUUACGGGAUUCGUCGGCUCGCCUGUUCUAGCGACCGGAGGCGCCACUCUAGCAGAUAUCUGGUCACCCAAGAAAAGAGCUUACGCCAUAGGAAUCUGGGGUGUCGCGGCAGUCUGUUCUCCAACACUGGCUCCCGCAAUUGGAGGGUUCGCGGCUAUGGCAGAAGGCUGGACCUGGCCCAUUUGGGAGUUGAUGUGGUUGAGCGGGUUUGCGUUCGUUCUCUUGUUCUUCUGCCUUCCCGAAACGAGUGCCAACAAUAUCCUGUAUCGACGAGCAAAACGUCUUCGGAAGCUCACGGGAAAUAAUAAGCUCAUGAGCGAGUCCGAGUUGAUGGCAGAGGAGAUGACUCCAAGGGAUAUCAUGAUGAUCUCGCUAGUUCGACCGUUCACAUUGAACUUCACGGAACCCAUGGUCUUCCUUUUGAAUCUCUACAUCGCGCUAAUCUAUGGGCUUCUCUAUAUCUGGUUCGAAUCGUUCCCCAUCGUUUUCACUGGCAUCUAUGGGUUCAGUCUUGGUCUUCAAGGAGUCGCUUUCAUGGCUAUCUUGGUUGGUGCCUUAAUUGUGAUUCCGCCGUUCUUCUGGUACUUGCACAAGUAUCUCGAGCCUCAAUUCGACGAGAACGGGGACAUUCAGCCUGAGAAACGUCUUCCUCCUGCAUUCAUUGGCGGCUUCGCCAUUCCCAUUUGCCUCUUCUGGUUCGGUUGGUCGGCGAGACCAGAUGUCCACUGGAUCAUGCCCAUCAUCGGCUCUGCGUGGUUCAGUAUCGGGUCGUUCUUGUUGUUCAACUCGGUCCUAAACUACUUACCAGACGCAUAUCCGAAUGUUGCGGCCUCGGUACUUGCUGGCAAUGAUCUCUUCAGAAGCGCCUUUGGCGCAGGGUUUCCGUUGUUCGCAAACGCCAUGUACACCAAGUUAGGGGUCGCAUGGGCGAGUUCCCUUCUGGGAUUCUUGUCGAUCCUGUUCAUUCCCAUUCCUAUCAUCCUGUACAAGGUUGGUCCGAAGCUACGCAGAGACUACAGCAGACAUGCGCGAAAGGAUAUUUAG